AUGAGCUACGAAGAGUUCAGUAAAAUCUACUUCCAUGAGACAGAGGAACUCAUAAUGGGAAGCCACAACAGCAAAAUGGUAUUGAAUGAUGCAGCCUGUCCAAAUGCACCUUCUUCUUGGGAUUGGAGGACCAAAGGAGCUGUAACUUAUGUCAAAGACCAAGGCAAACGUGGUAGUUGUUGGGCAUUCUCUGCAACUGGAGCCAUAGAAGGAAUAAAUAAAAUAGUUAAGCAAUGGCUUCCAGUUCUUUCUGAACAACAACUCAUAUCUUGCGAUAAGAAUUACAAAGGCUGUGAUGGAGGAUGGCACAGUAAUGCAUUUCAAUACGUCAUCAACAAUCGUGGUAUAGCGUCAGAAAGGGAUUAUCCAUAUAAAGCUAAAGAUAGUGCUUGCAAUUUCACACUGGGAAUCUUUAAUGGGAACGAUUGCUCAAGCAUCGGUUCCUGUAAACACAAUCAUGCUGUAUUAAUUGUAGGAUAUGGUUCAACCAGUGAUGGUCAAGACUAUUGGAUUGUCAAGAACUCAUGGGGACCCUCUUGGGGACAAGGUGGCUACAUCUUCAUCAAAAGAAACACUGGUGCUGCUCACAGAGUAUGUAACAUAAAUUGUUCUGGUGCAUACCCAAUCAAAGGGAAUAAAGAAACACCAGUUUUGAAGCUUGCUGCUUCUAUAUGA